AUUACUGUCCACCUAGUUCUGACCCAAGGUACGGAGCAACUCAUACGUGCUGUAUGCAUAGCACCUGGUAUUGGCCCCUUAGUGGAGGUAGCUAUUCCAGCCAGGACAUUCCCGAUGGGGACUUUGUAGAGCAUUUAUGCCCCAAGGAUCAAGUUUUCAAGGUGGCCAGUCACAACGAAUGUCAAUGCAUAGAUGGCUGCGUAUGGCCAGUCUGGGCUAGUUGGAGCGAGAGUUGCCCAUCUUGCCCUGAGUCCUGUGACGGAGGAUCUGUUACUUGCACACGAACUAGGAACGGACAAGGACCAAAUUGCGCACCAACGUCUCAAUCGCAGAGAGAAACAUCAACCAAAUCAUGUCCUCAAUAUAAAAUAUGCUGUAAAUGGUCAAUCUGGAGCACCUGGAUCGAGAGUUGCCCUUCUUGCCCUAGAUGCGAUGGAGCACGUGUUAAAUGUACACGAACAAGGACCAGAAAAGGACUAUAUUGCUCACCAAACUCUGAAUCACAGAAUGGAACAUCAAUCAAAAUAUGUCCUAAUAGAUUUAAAGUAUAACUCUAAAUAUGCCCAUCUUGCCCUGAGUCCUGUGACGGAGGAUCUGUUACUUGCACACGAACUAGGAACGGACAAGGACCAAAUUGCGCACCAACGUCUCAAUCACAGAGAGAAACAUCAACCAAAUCAUGUCCUCAAUAUAAAAUAUGCUGUAAAUGGUCAAUCUGGAGCACCUGGAUCGAGAGUUGCCCUUCUUGCCCUAGAUGCGAUGGAGCACGUGUUAAAUGUACACGAACAAGGACCAGAAAAGGACCAUAUUGCUCACCAAACUCUGAAUCACAGAAUGGAACAUCAAUCAAAAUAUGUCCUAAUAGAUGUAAGAAUUGUAAACCAUGUAAGAAACGAAGAGGAUGAUGUGGCGUGA